UYCUCUUCCUCCUCCUCCUGAUGGAGMUGCAGCUCUGAAAUGUCUCUCCUCAGGAGUUAAACUUUCCCUCCGCUCCGCUCUGAGCUCCGGUUUCAGAUGGGAUUUCUCAGGCUGGGAGAGAUUUGUCCUCAGUGACAGAAGAAAAGUUGGACGAGUUUUAGGUGGAAGAAAAGAGGAAGACGAGGGAGAAGAAGAAGAAGUGACAUCAGGAAGACAGACUUGGGCCUGAAACCAGACAUGGACACAUCUCCAUCCACAGCAGCCGAGAAAAAAGACGAAAUGGAAGGUAGCAGCUUCACCGACCUGCCGAAGAAACCCUCAGCCUCUGACAUGAGAGUGCCCCAACACUUCCUCCCUGCCUUCCACACGCCCAUCCCCCUGGACAUUCGCCACCACGAGGGACGGUACCACUACGAGCCUCACACCCUCCAUGCCAUGCACAGUCCUGCAGGACUUAGCGGGACCCCCAUCAUCUCUGACAUCUCUCUGAUCCGCCUCUCACCUGCUGCCGUGGCGGCCGGCGAGUCUCCAUUCAGCCCGCCUCACCCGUACGUCUCCCCCCACAUGGAGCACUACCUGCGCUCGGUGCACAGCAGCCCCACUUUGUCCAUGAUCUCAGCGGCCCGAGGACUCAGCCCUGCAGACCUGGCCCACGAGCACCUGAAGGACCGCGGGCUGUUGGGACUUCCCCCUCCUCUCCCUCCAGCAGAGUAUUACCACCUGAUGGCCAGCCACCGGACCCCCUACAACGAGCUGCUCCUACAGGGGGCCGGGGCCGCUGCAGGGGCCCACCUGUCAGACUACAUCGGUCCCAUUGACGUGUCCCGGUUCUCCAGUCCCAGACUGAUGCCCCGGCUCAGCAGGAAGCGAGCUCUGUCCAUCUCCCCGUUGUCUGACGCCAGCAUUGACCUUCAGACCAUGAUCCGGACCUCACCCAACUCCCUGGUGGCGUACAUCAAUAACUCCCGGUCCAGCUCGGCUGCCAGCAGUUCUUAUGGACACCUGUCAGUCGGAGGACUCAGCCCAUCGUUUCCGUUCCCUCAUCCCAUCAACUCCGUGGCCUACCAGCAGCUCCUCUCCCAGCAGCGAGGUCUCAGUGCCUUCGGGCACAACCCGCCCCUCCUGCAGACUCCGCCCACUUUCUCUGGACACCAGUCGGGCUUGAGCCUUUCCUCAAUGAAUGUCUCCUCCCACAACAACGACCUGAUGUCCAAGAAUCAUGGAGGCGACCCGGCAGUCAGCAGCACUAUGGACCCAAUGAUUAACAAGAGGUCAAAGGUCAAGGCAGAGGGACUGAGGCCAGUGUCUUCUCUCUCACCGAACCGUCACAGCGGCCUGCUGGACCUGAAGGAGGACAUGGACCGAGACGAGUGUAAACCAGAACCUGAAGCCGUCUACGAGACCAAUUGUCACUGGGAAGGCUGCAGCAAGGAGUUUGAUGCCCAGGACCAGCUGGUCCAUCACAUCAAUAAUGACCACAUCCAUGGAGACAAGAAGGAGUUUGUGUGCCGCUGGGACGACUGCUCGCGGGAGCAGAAGCCCUUCAAAGCUCAGUACAUGCUGGUGGUUCACAUGCGCCGGCACACCGGGGAGAAGCCACACAAGUGCACGUUUGAGGGCUGCUCCAAGGCCUACUCCCGUCUGGAGAACCUGAAGACCCACCUCCGCUCUCACACCGGAGAGAAACCGUACGUCUGCGAGCACGAAGGAUGUAACAAGGCCUUCUCCAACGCCUCGGACCGGGCCAAGCACCAGAACCGGACCCACUCCAACGAGAAACCAUACGUCUGUAAGAUCCCUGGCUGCACCAAGCGUUACACAGACCCCAGCUCUCUCAGGAAGCACGUCAAAACGGUUCAUGGUCCAGAGGCCCAUGUCACCAAGAAGCAUCGCAGUGACCUACCACCCCGACCACCGGCAACCCGAGAGAACGGAGAGAACGAGUCAGGAGGGAAGGAGAGGGUUCAGAGGGAUGACCAGAUGUCAGGGAACAGCUCCCCCAGAGGUGUGGAGGACUACCUGCACAUCAAAUCCAUCAAGACUGAAAACUCUGUGCAGAUGUAUCAGCCCAGUCCUGGCGGUCAGUCAUCAUGCAGCAGCAAACCAUCACCAUUUGGCACCAACAAUGACAGUGGAGUAGAAACGGCGGCGCACAGUGGGGACAGCUUGGGAGACCUCAGCACCAUGGACGACCUGCCGUUCGAAGAGUCCGCRGGACACGAGGAGUCCUCCGGGGGGAUCGCAGCGGUGGGGCUCCAUUUCAGGAAGCAUGACAUUACCAGCCAGUUCCUGGAGCGCCUCAAGAAGGAGAAACUGAAAGCGGUGAGGGACUCGUGUCGGUGGGCCAACAACCCAAUGCCCCCAGUCCACGGCACCAUGCUGCCACCCAUACCGACAAGAGGRUCCCUAAUGGAGAGUUCCAAUCAGGGUGGAGGUGCAGCUUCCUUCCCUGGUUCUGGCUCGGGUCCACUGAGCUCCAGUAAAACGACUCUGCUGGAAAACCUUUCUGAACGCUGUGACAGCAAGUGCAGCACCUCAAGCUCGGUCUACAUGCUCAGCCGCCGCUCCUCAGGCAUCUCCCCUGGUUUCUCCAGUCGACGUUCAAGCCAGACGUCUCAGUUCAGUACCAACCGGACAGACAACAUCAGCUCUGCCGACUCCUACGACCCCAUCUCUGCUGAUAUCUCCCGGCGUUCUAGUCAAGCCAGUCAAUGUGGGGUUAACGGCAUCGGACCAGGAGGAUGUGGACCGAGACUUCUCAGUCCCCUCAACCUGACCCCAGCCCAGCACUACUGCCUUAAGGCAAAAUAUGCUGCUGCUACUGGAGGAGCACCACCUACACCUCCUCCAUAUAUGAAUCAAACUUGUCUGAAGUCUAUCUCAACCCUCUCUGAACUCUCCCAGGAAUCCUCAGACAACAAAAAGCUGCUCUCCAGGCAGUUCAGUGCUGCACGGAGCCUGAUGCCCAACAAGGUCUCAGCUAACAUCCCCCGCCGGGCCAGUGACCCCGGGAGACGGUUAGAUGCUCUCAGCCAGUUGCACCUGCAGAGGUACAGCAGCACGGGUUCACUGAACAGAGGGGUCAAAGUUCAGCCCUGUCCUUCUCCUGCAACAGAUCAUCAACGCUUUCCCCAGCCAAGUUGCCAAAAACUAGAUGGUGGUCUGCAUCAGUAUGUCUACAGCCAGCAACCAGCCAGCAUUUCAGAGAACCUUACCAUGGAGAACAGAGGGAAUGUCGGUGAAGAUGAAACCAGUCAGGUAGACUUACAAGGUCUAAAUGUUCAGCAACAAUUGAACUUUCAGAAAAGAAUGCGUGUGAAAACCUCAAAAAGUCCAAGACAACCAAUAUGGGACUGUGCACCCAGAGGACAGUGGGACAUUGUUUCCUCAGGACUUACGGACGACACCCAAUGGUGCAGCAAACUAGAGCAACGGCGGAACUUGGUCGUCCUUAAGCAAAACCAGAACUUCAGACUUUUAAGUCCAACCUUUAACCAACAAAUGGUUGAAAACCUGUCCAACAGAGUUCAACACAGAUGUUUCCAGAACAGUUCUGGGUCAGAACCGAAUCUUUUCCAGCAGUCCUUCAAUCUCAAUCAUGCUGCUGAGUCUGAGUUCAGGUUCUGUGAAGAAACCAGUUCCUGUGAUAGGAACGGGAACCUACCCUGUGGUGAGAUGGUGCUGAGCUGUAAACAAGAACCAGCUGAUAUGGAUUUCACCGAGUUUGAUCCUGUUCAGGUAAAAACUGAGAACUGUGACAUUUCAGUUCUGAAUUUAGAUCAGCAGAACUGUAAUCUGACGGGGAACCAAAACAGUCUCCAUCCAAGACCAGAAUCUAGAUCUGUAUGGCUCUCCAGCAUGGAGCCAACAGAUCAAGGUUCAAGACUUCCCUGCAGGUCUGAGGACAAUGUUCUGUAUUACACUGGUCAAAUUCGGAUGUUUGAGCCCAGCGUGAACUUUGGUUUUCAUGUUUCUAAUACAGUGAAUCCUUUUGAACAUGCUGCGGAAGAUCCUGGGUCAACUGAAAACCAACCAGACAGGACCUCAGGACUGGAGCAGGCUCAGAUGGACUUUGAUAGCCUGCUUAACAUCGAGGAUCAUUACAGGCUCAUGACGGGAACCUUAAGCCCUGAAAGGCUCCAGAGUUUCUCCCAGAGUUUGUCUGGCCUGACCACUCCCAGGAACUCUGAGGCGCCACCCUCAGUGUUGGCUGGGCCGGCAAACAUGGCCGUUGGGGAAAUGAGCUCAUUGCUGACCACUCUGGCAGAGGAGAACAAGUUCCUCACUUUGAUUUCUUAAAGAAAACUGCUUCUGUAGACGAUCUGAAUGCCAAACUGAUGAUUGUUUUUCAUACAGUCUCAUCUUGAAGUUGCUUAAAAAUCCAUUUUCUCUCAUUUUGAAAGGCCAUACUUGUGUUUUCUUGCCUUAGGAGGUGAGUCUGAAAGUUUGUAGGAUGGUUUUACAAAGUGCCUGCCUCGUGUUUCCCACCCUAAAUGUUUGUUUAAUGGUGAACGUUUCAUCUUGUUUAGUCUCAUCACAUAGUGAGACGAUAUUUUAUGACUGCAGAGAUGAAGCGUGAUGAUUGAUCUGUGAUGGAGUCACAAGCCCAUUGGCCGACAAAUCACUUCUUUUUUCAGCAGAUAAAACAGAUAUUGUCUGAAAGUAAAAUGUAUAAUUGGACAAAAUAUUUUAUUUCUGUUGUACAUUCUUGUGCUGGUUAUCUGUAAAUACAGUUUGUACAUUGAAAAAAUACAAGAUUAAGAGCUUUUUUAAGAUAAAUUCGGUGUUUUUAUUUAUUUUCUGUUCUUUUCUGGUCAUCAACAAUGAAGACAUCUCCAAAGCUGCCUUUAAACCAGGAUUUCACUGAGAUGAACAUUGUAACCUGAGAGAGUUUCCCAAAUGUCUCAAAACAUUCAUGAUGAAUAAUUCAGAUGGAUUUGGGACAAGUUGGACAUCAGUGAAACCAAACUGAGACACAUAAAUUUGGAUCUUUUGUAGGAAAACUAGUUUAUUCACAGUUACACACAAACAUGUCUCAAGUAUCAAUUUAGUGAGAAUCCAAAUAAAAAUCUGCAUAAUUUGUAAUGUU